UCCUUAAAACCCUAGUUUUCAUUUCUGACUUCGAUUUCCCUCUCUUCUGCAAUUACUACUCUGAAAUCAUCACUUCUCCUUAAUUAGGGUUCGAUGGGGAACUUCAAUAUGCUCCCAUUAGAGAUUAUGUUAGAAAUCUUAUCUCGUGUUCCAAUUGAAUCUCUUCUUGAGUGCAAAUUGGUCUCAUAGCCAUGGAAAAAUCUGCUUCAACAUCCAUCCUUCUCAAAAUUGCAAAUUGAUUCUGUUCAUGAUUCUGAUGGUAAGUUGAAUUUCAUAUUUUAUACAUAUAGGUCUAAGCCUGGUAACAAACCUUUUUAUUAUACUGAGUAUGAUGAUGAGAAUUUAAACCGUUUUAGUAGAACCACACAGAUCAAUUUAAGAACUCCAUUUGAGUAUCCUUCAAUCCAUAGUUCAUGUUAUGGGCUAAUCUGUUUUGCAAAUUUCUAUUAUGAACCUGCUUGUAUCUGUAAUCCCAUCACUAGAGAGUAUAUUGUCCUUCCAAUUGAAUAUAAAUAUUCCGUAAAUGGAUUUGGUUACAGUCCUUCCACCAAUGAGUUUAAUGUUGUUAGAAUCAACUGGAGUGGAGACCCAACUAUUCAGGUAUACACUCUUGGCAGUGGAAUAGGAUGGAGAAAUGUGGGAAAGAUGGAUUAUUCUAUGCCUAAUCCAGUUGUUUUUUUUUGCGAACGGAGCUAUUUAUUGGAUGAACGAAGGCAAACAUAUCAUUCUUGCCUUUGAUUUGGCUAAAGAAGAGUGUAGAGAGUUUCCAUCACCACCUUGUACAAGUGUGAUUGUUGAACUACAUGUUUUAAGCGGUUCUUUAUUUGCGUGUUGUUACCAUGAUCAAGGUUAUGGUUGCCAUAAUAAAAGUAUAUGGGUUUUAAAGAAGAGUGAAAGUAUUCAUGACGUGAUUUGGAGUAAAGAGUAUAGCGAUAUUGAUAUCUAUAUCAGACCAAUUGCCUUCACAAAGAGUGGUGGACUUUUAUGCUAUGAUCAUCAUGAUAAAAAUGUUUAUCUAUACUCUUCAAAAGCUUCAUCUUCUAGAAUGCUUGUAAAUUUCGGUAAGUGUUUUGAUGCUCAAAUCUCUCACAAGAACACCUUAGUGUCAUUGAAAGCAUUAGGAGAAGAAAAUACGAAACUAAUGGGUUCAGGUGAAAAGCAAGAUCUAGCGGGAGACAGAGAGCAAUCAUUAGCAGACGAACUAAAUGACUUUAAACUGGCUGCUGGAUUGGUAUUUACAGAAGCCUUAAGGUCAGCAACUCUGGCACUAAGAAGUGGAUGCAUUCUUUUGGUACUUGUGUUGCAGAAGACAAAGAGACGAGUAAUGAGAUUUUUUUAACUAAGACUCAAAACCAAUUUAAUCUAGAUGUAAUUGUUAAUGAUUUGUGACAAAGACAAUCAGAAUUAAGAACUGGUAGUGUUGCCUAGGGAAGAAAAGCGUGCUUUGCCUAGGUGCGUAGCUGUAGCCAUCAUGAAUCUCAAGAUGCUCCAUGGUUGUCAUUUGUUCUUCUUGUUUUGCUUCUUGUAUUCAAUUUCAUAACCUGUAACAAUGUUAUGUCCAUGUCGAUUCUGAUAAUCACCCAUGACCAUCGAACACUGUUCGCAAGGGUGCCAUUUCUGGUAUUUUCAAAGUUUCUUAUUUUCGUUUC